UCUGUAGUCCAAUUUCUCUGACGCACCAGCAUUCGUCAUUGAGCCUUCGUCAAUAAAAGUCAUGGAAACGAUGUUGGCGUCGGCAACCCUAUAAAUGACGCUGGCCUUCUGAAUUCUUCCCCUUUGCUACGGGACUUUUGAAGGAGACGCCUGAAGGAGCAAAACGCCUCGGAAGGUUUGAACCUGUUGAGAAGUCUACUUUGCAAAACUUGCGGAAGAAGCACUUGCUGAAGAAGCCCAGAACCUGCGAAAGAUGGAUCCUGGCCAGGAGAAGGACCAGCAGGAUGAUCAGCUGGAAGCUCAUAGUGUAGCGCCCCCAGCAGAUGGAUCCCCAACGUUGGAGGAACAUCGAGACGACGGUAAGGAUUUUGGUAAGGUGUGGUCAGAUGUUUUCCCUCAGAUGUCUGACACCAUGGUUUCUGGAGGUCAUGGAGAGGAGUCUAGGUGUAGUUCCAGCUCCAGUGGUAGCUCCAGACAAAAUAAGGUUGGUAAUAAGUGUACCAGCAGCUCCAGUGAGGACGAGGUAGGUAAUGAUUCUACUACCAGUUCCUGUCCGACAGUGGACCAUACUUACGCUGCAUCACCGCUGCUUGAGGUUCUUCCUCCAAAUUUUGAAGACCUACGGGACAUUGAGGUGGCUCAGAAGUGUCAAGAGGGCAUUUCUCAAUUGGCAUCACUUGAAUCCACGCAUGGCCUUGACAAGCAGGAAGAGCCCAUUUCGAGUCCAGAUGACUCAAGACCUAUUGGUGUCUCACAACGUCAUCAGGUAGGUUUGGUAGGGGAUGUGACUCACGUGACAUCUGUGACCAGCUUAAACCGAAAGAGGACAAAGGACAGCGACUCUGAAGAGGAGCCUCCUGCGAAGAAGACCAGGGACACCGUGGCUGAAGAGGAGCUCUCCUCCAAGAGGACCAGGGAGAGUGAUGGUGCUGAAGAGGAGCCCCCAGCCAAGAGGACCAGAGAGAGUGAAGAUGCUGAAGAGGAGUCCCCCUCCAAGAGGACCUGGACUUGUGAUGAUGAAGAGGAACCUGUCCUCUGUCCCUCACAAGGGACGGUACACGAGGAUUCUUUUCAGUUAUCUCCUGUCUCCAAUCCCUCGCCCAUGACAUUCUGGCUGAAUCACUUUUAUUCACCCUUCAGCAUUUCACCUGAGAAUACAUCUGAGGAUCCCAUUCUGUCCUCCCCUGUCUUUAGUCCCUUACCAAGAUUGACACGUGAAGGUCCCAUUGUGUCAGUUCAUGCCAUCAGUCCCCCAGUCAGUGAAGAUUCUGUUUUGUCAUCCCCUGUCUUCAGUCGUCCACGAAGCACAGAGUGUGAAGAUCCCAUUGUGUCUUCCCCUGUCGUUAGUCCUUCACCAUCCACAUACUGCAAAAUUCCAAGUGUGUCCUUCCCUUGCAUAUGUGUGUGGAUGAAGUCUCAAAUGGACAAAGAAGAGGAACCAAGGCCUUCAACAUCUGGAAUUGGAUCUGACAGAAUUGGAGAAAGAGUGACUUCCAGACAAGAGUGGUUUAGACCUCACUACGACUUGUCAAGUGACUCUGAUUAGACUGGGAUCUUGA